AUGACUCUCCAAGGAAAAGUCCGCGUUGCACUUGUCCGCGUUGCACUUGUCGGCGAUGCCGCGUGUGGCAAGACGGCGUUGGCCGUCAAGUUCACUCAGAAUCUCUUCAUUGACUACUACUGUCCGACUGAGUCCGUAGAAGACUUCUCCAGCGAAAUAGAAACACGCAAGGGCGUCUGCAACCUUACCGUACUUGACACCUCUUCGAACAAUGAAGAAAUGCGGAUCCUCUCGUACGUCUACUCGAAUGCCGUCGUUCUUUGCUUCGAUCUGACGCGUAAAGAAACGCUGAAGAGCGUAGAGAGCAAGUGGUUGCCCGAGCUGAACAGAAACUGCCCCGGAGUUCCGUUCAUCAUCGCAGGGUGCAAGAGAGACGAGAUGUGCGACGGGCCUCAAGGCUGCGUAUGCGAAGAAGGAACCUGCUGCGAUCUCGGCGAGGAAGAGCUGACGGCUCUCCUUCUGCGAACAGGAGCCAGCGCCUACUUCGAUUGUUCAGCAGUGACCGAUGAAAACGUGGAGGCCGUCUUCGGCGUGGCAGCCGAGAUCGUAAAACCCAAGCGAAAAUAUAAUGCCAAACGGCUUGUGGCCUCCAUAAAGAAAAAGGUGUCUCGUCUGUGA